AUGGCGACCAAUUCGCCCGCUCUGAAUAUUCCUCAUUCGCUGUCCACCGUCUCCGUCUCGGUGAUUGAGACAACUUCACGAAUCAUUGCAAAAACCAAUAUCGUCGUCCAGCCGCAUAUUCAGGGUCAUGACGAGUUCAACUGCCCUUGCUAUUCCUUCCUCAUCGACCACAAGGGAACGGGGAAAAAGAUUCUUUUUGACCUAGGAAUCCGAAAAGACCCCGAGAAUCUCUCGCCCAGAACAUACGCGUUUACCAAGGCGAUGACCAUUGCAUCGGAACAGAAUGUGGCGGACAUCCUAGGCGACAAGGUGUCCGAGAUCUCCGAGAUCAUCUGGUCACAUCAUCACUUCGAUCACAUAGGGGAUCCGUCAACGUUUCCGUCCUCGACCAAUCUUGUCGUGGGGCCGGGUUUCAAGGACGAAUUCCUGCCCGGUUACCCAGCAAACGAGGAAUCGUGGAUAAAGGAGAGCGACUAUGCCGGCCGUGAACUGGCCGAGGUGAAUUUCAAGAAGGAGGGUCUGAAAUUGGGCCAAUAUGACGCCUUGGACUAUUUUGGAGAUGGAUCCUUCUACCUUCUCGAUUGCCCUGGGCAUACCGUUGCUCAUAUCAUGGGUUUGGCUCGGACCACAGCUGACAGCUUCGUCCUCAUGGCUGCUGAUUGUUGUCAUCACGGUGGAGAGUUUCGACCGAACCCAUACGAUCCGUUGCCUGACUCGAUCGAUCUACCUGCGACCGGCCAACGUAAAGCACGAGUUCAUCGAACACCCUGCCCUGGUUCGCUGUUCUUGAAGCUGCAUCCCAAGAAUUCUCCGACGGAGCCCUUUUAUGAGCUCAUCAAUCCACGUAACUCUGACACGGUCCGCGAGGCGAUGCGAAGCCAACGGAAGCUGGAGGAGUUUGACGCCAGUGACGACGUGCUGGUUCUCACGGCCCACGACUCGGACGCGGCCGAGAUUAUCGAUCUAUAUCCCAAGACGAUCGAUGACUGGAAAAGUAAAGACUGGAAACGGCAACUUCACUGGGCAUUUCUCAAUGAUUUCCAAGUCGAGUAA